AUGGCGGCCCGGAUUUCAGCGCAGGACGCAGAAAAGAGUCUUGAAACCCAGAAAGUCGACGAUUUGCACGUUGAAGAUCUCAAGACCUUUGAUCGCACGAAUGAGAAUGAGGGUGAUUACUCGGGCGCCAUUUCUAAAACUGACGCGGUAGAAAUCCGCCUGGUACGAAAGUUGGACAUGAGAAUCAUGCCUAUUCUCUGGAUGAUGUAUUUCUUGAACUAUUUGGACCGCAAUGCUAUCGCCAACGCACGUCUCAACAAUCUGGAAGAUGACCUUGGCCUGGUCGGGACCCAAUACAACACAUGCAUAUCAAUUUUGUUCAUUGGCUAUCUACUCAUGCAGAUCCCCUCUAAUAUGCUCAUGUCAUCUUCUAAGAUCCGACCUUCGCGAUUCAUGAGUAUCUGUAUGGUCAGCUGGGCGGUUGUUUCCGCACUCACAGCAUUAACAAAGAAUUAUGUCUCCCUGGUUAUGGUGCGAUUCUUUCUGGGAGUGACCGAAGCACCCUUCUAUCCUGGUGCACUAUUCCUACUGUCCCUCUUCUACACUCGCAAAGAAAUCGCUCUACGUAUUUCCAUCCUUUAUACUGGAAACAUUGUUGCUACCGCCGUUGCGGGCCUCAUCGCCGCCGCAACCUUCGCUACCCUCGACAAAGCGCAUGGCCUUAAAGGAUGGCAAUGGCUUUUUGUCAUUGAAGGCGUCGUCACCUUUUUUAUUGCCAUCCUCGGUCUUUUCAUGCUUCCAGACCAUCCACGUACCACCAAAUGGCUGACCCCUGAAGAGCGCAAGCUCGCUCAUGACCGUAUUACCAAGGACACCGUGGGUCACGAAGAAUCCAAGGGCGUUCUAGCCGCUCUGAGGGAAGCCCUGCGCGAUCCGAGACUUUACCUUCUCGCGUUCAUGCAGAACAUGCACCUCAGUGCUUGUGGCUUCAACAACUUCUUCCCCACGGUCGUCGGCAGUCUCGGUUUCAACCGUACUAUGACGCUCGUUCUGACCUGUCCGCCAUAUCUCGUCUCCGGCCUCAGCAGCAUCAUUGUAGGCAUCACUUCAGGCCGUUUCAACGAGCGUACAUGGCAUAUUACAGUAUCUAUGGGCUUUGCUGUGGUCGGGUUUGUCAUCUCCUGCGUGACUUUGAACACCGCCGCUCGAUAUGUGGCCUGCUUCCUCUUUGCCAGCGGUGCUUACGCUGUCAAUUCGGUCAUCCUGGGCUGGGUCUCUGCGACGCUGGGCCAGACACCCGAGAAGAAAGCGGCUUCACUCUCAAUUGUCAAUGUUAUAGCCAAUGCUUCGUACAUAUAUACGGCAUAUCUUUACCCAAAGAGUGAUGGCCCUCGCUAUCUCACGGCCAUGUCGGCAAAUGCGGCAUUUGGGGUACUGACUAUUAUGAGUGCCUGGGGUUUGAGGAUUUGGUUGCAGAGAACCAACCGGAAAAUCCGGGAUGGACGGCUGUCUGGUGGGAAUGAAGGCGUCUUGUAUGCUUAUUAG